AUGCAGGGCUUGAAGGCUCGGAUCCUGGCCUCCGUCGCCGUGCUGCUGUCUCUUGUCUACUGUGACUUGACCACGCCAUCCACCUUUCUUUCUUUUGAACGGGUUUAUCCGCCGAGUCACCACGGACAGAUUGAGCAGCUCCGAGCUCGUGACCGAGUCAGGCACGCCCGACUCUUGCAAAACUUGGCGGGCAGCGUUGUGGAUUUCCCACUCCAUGGCACCUCCGAUCUGAACGUGGCCGGUUCUGAGCGUUGCCAGGUACGGAUCGGAGGUGCCAUGGACUGGGAAGUCCACAACGCUGCCCGCAAAGUUUUGCAAGAGUCGGGCAUGCCUGACUCGGUCACGAGCUCGGAGCUGCUCAAUCUGUCCGUGGGCUGGGCACGGCUUUUAAACCUUUGUGACUUGAGAGACCCAAAAGGGAUUGUGGGUGAGGAACAAGUGUUGGGGUUACCGCCGCUUUUCAACCAAAUUGUUGGAGAAGAGAAGCUCAUGCUUUAUUAUACCAAAGUCAAAUUGGGCUCUCCGCCAAAAGAAUUCAACGUGCAGAUUGACACUGGAAGUGAAAGCUUGUGGGUUACCUGCAAUUCCUGCAGUGAUUGCCCCCGGUCUACUUCGCUUCCUAUUCAGCUCAGUUCCUAUGAUUCUAACAGCUCAUCAACUGCACGGUUGAUCCCCUGUUCAAUGUGCACCUCCGCAUUUCAAGCCAAAUGUUCUCCUCAGACUAACCAGUGCAGUUACACUACUCAAUAUGCAGAUGGAAGUGGGAUAUUUGGUCAUUACGUAUCGGAUACACUACAUUUUGACCGGAUUCAGGGGCAAUCCUACAUUGACUCUUCAGCAUCCAUUAUUUUUGGGUGCACUACCUAUGAGCUUGGGGGUUUGACUAGUUCACUUUCAACACUGGAUGGGAUAUUUGGGUUUAGCCAAGGGCCUCUGUCUGUUAUAUCGCAGUUGUCAUCUCGAGGGUUGACUCCCAAAGUGUUCUCUCAUUGUUUGAAGGGAGAUGAAAAAGGAGGGGGUAUACUUGCUCUUGGUGAGAUUUUGGAGCCAAGUAUUGUUUACAGUCCUCUUGUUCCACCACGGCACAAUUAUUAUUUAAAUCUGCAAAGCAUUGCUGUAAAUGGGAAAAUCUUGCCAAUUGAUCCAACAGCCUUCACAUCACACGACAGAGGAACUAUUAUCGAGUCAGUAACAACUUUGGCAUACCUUGUUGAAGAAGCUUACGUUCCUUUCAUUCGUGCGAUAACUUCAGCUGUUUCACCAUCCCUGACUCCCUUCAUUUUAGACGAAAACCAGUGUUAUCAUGUAACCACCAGUUUGGCUGAGGUUUUUCCUGCUGUUAGUCUAAACUUUGCUGGUGCAUCAAUGGUGUUGAAACCAGAAGAGUACCUUACACGUCAAGAAGGCAUUGGUGUGUGGUGCAUUGGUUUUCAAAAGGCUCAGGGAGGGGUGACAAUCUUAGGAGAUCUUGUUCUAAAAGAUAAGAUAAUCGUGUACGAUUUAGCUCUUCAACGAAUUGGAUGGGGGAAUUAUGAUUGCUCAUCACCAGUAAAUGUCUCCAUACCUUCUAGCAAUACUCGACAGCGGAGUGGAAGCAGAUCUUCAUCAGGAGACGUGCUAUUGAGCGUGCUUACAACAGGAUUUUUUGGUGAUGUAUAUGUUGUUGGCAUGACUUGUAGCCAAAUAUCAAGAAUUCUUAGUUGACUUGUUCUUUUAUUGUAAUGGUCCAAAGUGACUUGAAUUGGACUCUCUUGUUAGUUCAUGACAUGUGUGGUACUCUUUCCUUCCCUAAGAUUUGUCCCAUGAGGUUGUCCUAAGAAGGUUUUAACGAGGUCACUGUAUCAUGUCGCUCUUUGUACGUUUGUGAUUUUAUGAAUGAAUUAUCCUUCUCAAUA